AUGCCAAGAUUUGUGACGGGAGCGUACAGAUCGAAAUCUCCAUCUUCGAAAGAAUGCUUCUGGGUGACUUGGAAAGAAGAAGAGGGGAAAGUCUGGAUGAGACGAGCCGCGAGGGGGCAAAGUUCUGCUAUGACACCUUAUGUAGUAGGUAAGAUAUCCUUAUCGACUCCAAAAACUUCGCGCAGCCACCACUUUUCCUAACUUGCAAGCAAAUCCGUGCAGAGGCUGCUCCAAUCUACUACCUCGACAACAUAUUCAAUGUCGAGGCCAUCGGAUUCAAUCCGUACACCCUCAUCACUUUCACGCGCCGAUGGAACACUUGCAUUGGGAGCAAGACUGUCAAGAACUUAUCAAGCGACACCGACAUUGUCCAGCCAAGAUGGUCUGUCUUUCUCGCCUUCCUGAAGAGCUUCUACACGGGGGACGUUGAAGCGUGCGAGCUCGAGGGCACGACAUUCGACCCGAACGACAGCUUCCACGUUGCUACGAAAGCUUUCGAAAUCGUCAGCAACCUAAAGGGACUGGUAGCUUGGGAGAACAUUGAGAAGACUCUGGAAGCUUGGAAGCUAUCUACCGCCAGCCUGAUGCAGUGGGCUGAUGAGGACUGA